GAGUUUGCUCUCGAAUGGCGGAUGAGAUGAAAUGAAAUGAAAGCUUCUCUCUUUCUUUCUUCUUCACCUUCUUCCACUCUCACAACCUCACUUUGCCAUUUUCUUGGAUUUUCCUUCACUUUCUCUCGCGCCGAACACUCAACCCUAACCUCACACUAAGCCGGAGACAGAGGUAGCUGAAGACGAGGAAGGACGAGGAGGAAAAGAAAAACCGAAAGAGCCUCGCAUUUUCUAGUGACGCUGAAAACUCGAAACGAAGGAAAAUUCUGCACCAAGGUUUUGAUCUGUGGAAUUGAAUCUUACCCACAAAGCUAAAGAACUGCAGAUCUGCGAAGUCUGGUAUUCUAUACGACGAAGAUCUGUUCCCUCCAAUCAACGAAGAAGAAGAAGAAGAAAUAGAAAAAUUCAAAAUCUACAUUUAUUAUCCGAAAGCUCGACACUUGUUAAACACCGAACAUUGUUCUAAAAAAAGAAAGCAGAAAAACGGUCGGCACAGAUCGGCGAAUCAUACCCAAUUUACUGCUUUCUUUAGCUUUGUUGUGAAGCAGAGAAGGGUUCCGAUUCAAGGCUGUGGCUGCCAUUUUUGCAGGCUUUGUUGCUUCUGAAAUCACUCUGCAACUGCAAAAAGCUUUAACGAUAGAAGGGUCUAGCUUCCUGACUUAGACCGUGAUAUAUCCAAGCGUAAAAGGAGGUCCUUUUAUCACUACUUAGCUAAAGUACUCUGUCAUCGUCAUCAAUGCAAAGGACACUGCAACCCCACCUGCAAUCUCUUUACACCUCUUCUUUCUCUCUCCAAAGUCACCGGCUUGGUUAAUUUCUUCCUCUCUGUGUAAUUUUCCUUCUUUUCUUCAAGUACGAUAAGAAUCUAAGAAAGAAAUUAAAGAGGGAAGUACUUGGGGGUUGGGGUUUUGAGUUGUGGAUUAGGAAAGUAAUGAAAGUGGUAUGGAGGUGGAGGACGGUUGCAAAUUCCCAAGAAUUGGUAAUGGAAGAAAUGAGUCUGGCAAGAUAGGUCAGAAGGGGAGUGAGAACUACCCUGAUGAUGAGGAAGACGGAGAGCUCAUCAAAAGGGGUGGGAUGAAUGGUGGAGCCACCGGUGGUGAUGGCGGUGCUGCAAAUCGGCUUCGUGGGUGGCACCACUCUUCGAGAAUUAUUAGGGUUUCUCGCGCGUCAGGUGGGAAAGAUCGGCACAGUAAGGUCUGGACCUCGAAAGGACCAAGAGACAGGAGGGUCAGGUUAUCGGUGACCACAGCCAUUCAAUUCUACGAUCUGCAAGAUCGGUUGGGCUAUGACCAGCCUAGUAAGGCGGUGGAGUGGCUGAUUAAAGCUGCUGCCGAGGCAAUUGCGGAGCUUCCUUCCCUGAACGGUUCAUUUCCUGAAACGCCGAAGCAAUUGAGUGAUGAGAAGAGGGCAAAUGGGAGUACAGAACAAGGGUUUGACUCAGCUGAAGCGGAGCUAGAUGGUGACCCCAACAACUAUCAGCAAAACCAAAGCCAGCAUCUUUCUUUGUCUAAAUCCGCCUGUAGCAGCACCUCUGAGACUAGCAAGAACUCCACUUUGUCCCUUUCGAGGUCGGAGAUCCGCGUGAAUCGGGUCAAAGCUCGGGAGCGUGCUAGGGAGAGGGCAGCAAAAGACAAGGAGAAAGAGCAUGAGUCUCGGAUUCAACAGCACCAGAAUGUAAACCAAAUUUCUCAAAAUGCUUCUUUCACUGAGCUUCUCACCGGUGGUAUUGGCAGCGGCGUUGGCAACAACAACAACAGUAAUAGUAGUCCUCCUUCCGCCUCGGAUCAGCAAAACCCCAACGGCGAGGCUAAUUUGUUCCACAAGGCCGCGACUAUCCGACAGUGGCCUGCAACUGCGAUGGAUUACUUCGGGGCAGGAGGACUGCUUGGGCCAUCCUCGUCAAGAGGUCACCAUUCUUCAGGGUUUUUAGGGCAAGUCCAAUUGGGAAACUCUCUGCAGCAGACAAUGUCCAUCCCUCCGUUUAACGUCUCAAGUGAGAAUCAUCAAGAGUUGCAGCACUUUUCAUCUGUUCCCAACCAUCUGAUCCCGGUGGCGACUACACAACCAGGGCCAGGAGCCGAUUACAACCGCAGCUUCACCAUUUCUUCCGGCCUUGCUGGUCUCAACAGGGGGACCCUUCAGUCCAAUUCACCGUCUUUUUUGCCUCAUCACCAGAGGUAUUCAUCUCAUUUAGACGGAUCACCCUUCUUCAUUGGUACACUACCUGAGGAGAAUCACCACCACCACCAGUUCCCAGCUGUAUUUGAUGGCCGGUUACAGCUCUGCUACGGGGAUGGAAGCAGGAACUCAGACCAGAAGGGAAAAGGAAAGAACUAAUCACUUCUGGGAACUGCACAUUCCACUUCCCUAUCUGGAAAGCAGAGAUGGAGAAGCAGUAGAUGUAAGAGCUGUGAGUGAAUGCAUUCCUUCCCUGCAUCUGCUGAUGCUUUAUCAUUGUCUUCUUCCGGAAUUGUUAUUAUUUCUGCUUAAUCCAUUUGAAGUCAUUCCAUGGCAUUUGCUAAUUAUGAUAUAUUUAUCUAUGCGUGCAAAAGCAUUGUGUGUUUCAACAAAACGAUUCGAUUGGAGUUAUUAUUCUUUUUCCCCUUCUUGUCUAGAAUGAUCCUCAAUCUGUCUAUAAUUUUGGUUGAGCAACAAGGUGGCCUUGUGAAUGAAUGGGGUAGGGUCAUCGUUCCAUGUCCCAGAACUGUCCUAGUUUGAGAAAAAAUCAAACUUGAUUUUCUUA